GUUCUGACCGUUGCGUGUUAAUCACUGCUUGAUACGAGAUUGGAGCGGGGAUGACGAUCUGCGACAAAUGAGUUUAGGACCGUGCCACCAAGGUACGCGAGGGACCUUGAGGCCGCCGGCUCCGUCGCAUAAAUGAAAGACGAUAGCGAGAUCUUCUCACCCUCUCCAAAGUCUGAUCGCCGUAUUUGCCGUACGCUACAUCACCAUGCAUUGCAUGCUAGACAAACUACCAUUGGAGCUUCUGGAGCUCAUCUGCGACGAGCUCGAAACUCAGGAUCUAGCCUCUCUGCUGGGAACAUGUCGCCAUACAUACAACCGAACAAUCCAUCGCCUGGCCCAACGCUACUCGGAAAUUCACCUCGAUUUCUCCAAGGGGAGCCUCAGUCAAAUCCACGCUAUCGCAACUAACGAGAUCAUGCGACAGCAUGUUCAGCGGUUGGUGGUCAUGGCUCCCGAACCGUUUCUCGGGCGCAAUCUCGAAUGGCAGCGCAGCGCCGCGGGCCAUAUUUUCAACCCCCUCGAAAAUCCCACUAUCCGACAGUUCCGCAACAAUCUGGUCGACAAGCUGGUCAAUUGCCGAUCGUUUGUAAUUUCACCGCUAGGCAACCAUCUUGCGCCCGACGAAGACGAAAUGGAUGUGUCCUAUGACCAACACUUCACCCCCGACGACGCCGCGAGCAUCCUGCUUGACAUUAUCGCCGAUACUGCUUUGCCCGUGAAGCUAUUCUGGUAUGGCAGGGGAACGAACUAUAGGUCCGAGAUCAUGAACAUUCAGAGACUACCAAAAACGCUCUUCCUCAGUCCAGGCUUUCGUGCCGGAUGGGGAUCCCUCACGAACCUCCACCUGGAGCACAGACUCACGCCACAUAACUAUUCCUUCCUUUUCAACAUGCUGCUCAGCACGCCGACUCUUCGUAAACUAUAUCUCAGUCUGACACCUAAAGACUUAGCCAUCGAAUUCUACUCGCAUGUCGCCAAGUCAGAGUCUUUAUCCUGCCUGUUGGAACGGAUAUCGCUCUGCUCUACAGCUAUUCGGUCGUCAGAUCUCAUGCACAUCCUCGAUCGGUCUCGACAUACGUUGAAGCGGUUGAUCCUCUCUGACGUUGGAGGCUUGUCGGGGAGUUUACCGCAGUUGCAGGACCAGUUGUCUGGCUUCCCCUGUCUGGGGAAGGUGGACUUAAGAAUGUGCCAAUGAUCAAUCAUUAUGCACGGUACCAAAUGAGAUACGAAUUACGCCUUCUACCUGCCCCACACAUCCUUUCGCCACCGUCAUACCUGCUG